AUGUUUGCAGGUAUCGACCUCGAUCGCCAUCACGUCAAGGCGAGCCACCGAAAGGCGCCCAAGAGCGACAAUGUCUACCUCAAGCUCUUGGUGAAGCUCUACCGCUUCCUUGCCCGCCGAACCGAUUCAAACUUCAACAAGGUCGUGCUCAAGCGCCUGUUCAUGUCCCGCAUCAACCGCCCUCCCAUGUCCAUCUCGCGCAUCGCCAGCAAAGUCUCAACCGAGACGGCGCAAAAGGCGUACAAGGACAAGACCAUCGCCGUCAUUGGCACCGUCACGGACGACAACCGCCUGCUCACCGUGCCUGAACUCCACAUCGCCGCACUGCGGUUCACCGCCACUGCCCGCGCCAGGAUUGAGAAGGCUGGCGGUGAGUGUCUGACGCUCGACCAGCUCGCCAUGAGACACCCGACGGGAAGCAACGUGGUGCUCUUGCGGGGACCCAAGAAUGCCAGAGAGGCCGUCAAGCAUUUCGGCUUUGGCCCGCACAAACACAAGAAGCCUUAUGUCGAGAGCAAGGGGAGGAAAUUCGAGAAGGCUCGAGGAAGGAGACGGUCCAAGGGUUUCAAGGUGUAA